AUGACUGACCGGGCGAAGAAAGUGGCAAUUAUCGGAGCUGGCGCAGCCGGCAUGUCAUGUGCAGCUACUCUGGCGAACCACCCCGACCAAUUUGUGGUUACACUGUUCGAGAUCGAGUCUCGUACAGGGGGACAAGCAACGUCGAUCCCAUUGGAUGAAAGGAAGCAUGGCGCCAAAUGGCUGAAUGACGGUGUUCAGGGUGGCUCCUCCAUAUUUCGACACACAUUCCGCUUUUUUCGCCGGUAUGGUUACGAGCCACAGCCAGUGCAACUACAGGUUGCAUUUGGCAAAGGGCGUGAUAGCUUCUGGACCAACGUAUUUCCCAGUCCGCUGGUCGAGCAGUUCUCUGGUGAAAUCAAGAAGCUCGGACGCGUGUUGAAGUGCAUCAAGUAUUUGAUGCCGAUCCUUGGUAUCUUACCUGUCAAGGCUAUCCUGCGGAUAUCCCGAUUCAGUGAUGAGUUUAGCAACAAAAUGGUGUUGCCCUUGUUAGCUCUGUUUCUGGGUACCGGUAAUCAGACCCCAAACGUCUCGAGCGUGCUGCUGGAGCGCCUAUUUGACGACCCGCAGAUGAAACUGUGGGACUAUGACCCAGAUACACUUCUGCCUAAUCUUCCAACCAUGUACACGUUCCCGAAUUUGGGAAACUUUUAUCGUGACUGGGCAGAAGAUCUGGACUCCAAAGGAGUUGAAAUUCGAUUGAACUGCACUAUUGAGAUACUAGAGAGAAGUAAAAAAAGCGCCGUGCUGAGGACGCAGUUCCAUGAUGACCGUUGCCGGGGUGAGACAAAUAUUGAGACAUAUGAUGAGCUCGUCCUAUGCUGCCCGGCGGAUGAGGCCAAGAAACUGCUGGAUCGACACGCCACCUGGGCAGAGAAGUAUGUCCUUGGAGGGGUGAAAUUUUACAACGACCUCACCAUCACUCACUCAGACUCGAAAUAUUUUCAACAAAUUUUCGAAUCGCAGUACUCGCCCGAUCUAUGUGCUUCGCCUACCUCCGAAACACAGAAAAAACAGAUCGCCUUUGCAGAGCAGCAACCGCUUAGCCAAAAGGAUGGCUGGCAAGGAUUUCAGCCCAUGUAUUUCACACAUUCCUUUCCAUCUGAUCCAGAAAAAAUUGAAAUGGGGUUUGACUGCACGAACUAUCAACACCAAUUCCGCGAGACACUGGGAAUGGACCAACCGCCUCUACCCCAGAGCCGACAUGUUUUCCAAACAAUUUUCUUGAAUGACCAACAGCGGAACCUGUGGACAUGGAAUAAUAUCGAUAUGUCGAAGGUCAUAUCACAGAAAUGGUGGCAUCAGUUUGGCCAUCGGUGGCAGCACUACCUACGUGUCGUUCCAGGAAUGAUGUUGAUCAAUGGAACCAACCGAACUUUGUACGCUGGGAGUUGGACAAUGGUGAACAUGCAUGAAAUUGCCUGCAUAUCUGGAAUUGCGGCAGCAUACCAAUUGGGCGCUGCUUAUGAGCCAUUCGACGAUUUUGCAGAGGAUUUCUUUGCCAAGUACCUGCUAGUGUGCCAUGGUACCCGGUACAAACGAAGAAAAUCCAAGAAAAACUAA